AUGGCUGAGACCAGGCAAUUCCUUCUCCCCAAUCAAUUCGAUAUUAAUCAAAUUAUUUCAGAAGCACAGCAUCGAUGGCUGCGUCCAGCUGAAAUUUGUGAAAUUCUCAGUAAUUAUAAGAAGUUCCGAAUAGCUUCAGAACCAGCAUGUAUGCCACCAAGUGGUUCCCUUUUCCUAUUUGAUCGGAAGGUGCUGAGAUACUUCAGAAAGGAUGGCCAUAACUGGAGGAAGAAAAAAGAUGGAAAAACGGUGAGGGAAGCUCAUGAGAGACUUAAGGCUGGAAGUGUGGACGUGUUACACUGCUACUAUGCCCAUGGACAAGAAAAUGAAUAUUUUCAAAGACGCACUUACUGGAUGCUUGAAGAGGAACUCUCACACAUUGUUCUUGUCCAUUAUCGCGAAGUGCAGGGAACCAAGGCAAAUUUUAGAUGUGCUAAAGAAAAUGAAGAAUCUCUUCCUUAUGCUCAACCAACUGACGAAAUAAUGCCCAACACAGAGAUGGGUACUUCUUUAGCAUCUAGUUUUCAUCCACAUAGUUACCAGGUCUCUUCACAAACUAUAGAUACAACAAGCAUGAACGAGGCUCAAGCAUCAGAUUAUGAAGAAGCUGAAUCUGCAUUCGAUAACCAUGCAAGUUCUGAGUUCUACUCUUUCCUGGAGCUGCAACGCCCUGUUGUUGAGAAGAUUAAAUCUCAACUGGCUGAUAUUUAUUGUCCUCUGCCACUCAUAAAUGAUCAAGAGGUGUUGUUUGACACUCCUGGGGUGAAUUAUAUCUCACUCGGUCAAGCCAAUAAAAUCAAAGACUUUGAUAAUGUUGGAUUAGCAUAUGAAUCCCAAAAACUCUUCGGCUUUUCAUCGGGGGAAGAUAUAUUAGAAAAUAAGGUUGGAAGUCAACAUGUGUUUUUUCAGCCUUCAUUUCCUGAAACACGAGAUAACAUGGGAAUCAAUAGCAAUCCCUCUCAAGGAGAUGAGAUAAUGCGGCCACUUUUUACCACCAGCAUUGCUAAACAGCAUGAGAAUGGAAGUUUUAUACAAGCUGAAGGAAAUUGGCAGGCUUCUGGUUUCAAUUAUUUAAGCAAAUCCAGUUGGCCCAUAGAUAGUGUGUAUUCAGGCUCAACGUGUGAGGUUGGUUUUAACAACUGUGAGCAGGAAGUUAAUAAAGUUGAUUUUCAAAAAUCCUUGGAACUUUGUCUUCUACAUCCACACGAACAAAACAAGGUUCUUAUGCGAAAUGACCCUCAAGAAAAAGUUUUAAAUGCAAAAGACAAGAUAAAAUCAGAUCUGGAGGCCAAUAAAAACCUGGAUGGAAUAGAAGACACUUAUUUCACAUUGAAGAAGACUCUGUUAGAUGGAUUUCCAGCAGAAGAGGGUCUGAAGAAGCUUGACAGUUUCAACCAAUGGAUGAGUAAAGAACUAGGAGAUGUGGAAGAAUCAAAUAUACAAUCCACUUCUGAUACUUAUUGGGAUACAGUUGAAAACGAAAAUGAGGUUGGCAGCACAACAAUUCCUUCCCAAGUGCACCUAGACUCCUAUGUAUUGGAUCCAUCUAUUUCCCAUGAUCAGCUUUUUAGCAUUAUUGACUAUUCUCCAAGCUGGACAUUUGAAGGCUCAGAAGUUAAGGUUCUCAUUUCAGGACGAUUCUUAAGGAGUCAACAUGAAGCAGAAAGCUGUAAAUGGUCAUGCAUGUUUGGCGGGGUAGAAGUGCCAGCAGAGAUCAUUGGGAAUGGCGUUCUUUGUUGCCAUACUCCUCCACACAAGGCUGGGAGGGUUCCUUUCUAUGUAACUUGUUCCAAUAGGUUAGCAUGUAGUGAAGUGCGAGAAUUUGAUUUCCAAGUCAACUAUAAUCAAGAAGUCAACACUGCAGGUGAGAACGGAGGCAGCACUUUUGAUACUUUUAAUAUUCGAUUUGGAGAACUGUUGUCUCUGGGGCAUCCCUUCCCUCAGAAUAUAGAUUCAAAUAGUGUAACUGAGAAAUCUCAACUGAGAAGUAAAAUCAGUUCUUUGCUGAGGGAGGAAAAGGAUGAUUGGGACAAGCUGCUGAAACUUACUCUAGAGAAAGAUUUUUCUCCAGAAAAUUUACAGGAGCAGCUGCUUCAAAAUCUUCUGAAAGAUAAGUUAGAGGCGUGGCUCCUUCAGAAAAUAACUGAAGAUGGGAAAGGCCCUAAUGUAUUAGAUGAGGGUGGCCAAGGUGUGCUUCAUUUUGCGGCUGCUCUUGGCUAUGAUUGGGCCCUACAACCCACAAUAGUUGCAGGUGUGAAUGUGAACUUUCGUGAUGUAAAUGGAUGGACUGCUCUUCAUUGGGCAGCAUUUUGUGGCAGGGAGCGCACAGUUGCUUCCCUCAUCUCUCUGGGUGCAGCACCCGGAGCGCUGACUGAUCCAUGCCCGGAACAUCCUUCAGGUAGAACACCAGCUGAUCUAGCUUCUGCCAAUGGACACAAAGGAAUUGCAGGGUAUCUUGCGGAAUCUUUCCUAAGUGCACACCUCUCAUCUCUUGAUUUGAACUUGGAAGUGGGAGAAAAUUCUGGAGCAAAAGUAGUAGUACAAAGAGCACUAGGACAUAACACUGCUCAAGUUAAUGAUGAUGAGGGCUUAUCAUAUGAACUGUCACUGAAAGAUUCACUGGCUGCAGUGUGUAAUGCCACCCAAGCUGCUGCACGUAUUCAUGAAGUUUUCAGAGUGCGAUCAUUCCAGAGAAAACAACUGACAAAAUAUGGAGAUGACAAAUUUGGAAUAUCCGAUGAACAUGCCCUUUCACUUGUAACAGUGAAUGCAAAACUAAACAAGGUUAGACAACGCGACGAGCCUGUCCAUGCUGCUGCAAUACGAAUCCAGAACAAAUUCCGAGGUUGGAAGGGCAGAAAAGAGUUUUUGAUGAUUAGACAACGAAUAGUAAAAAUUCAGGCUCACGUUAGAGGUCACCAGGUUAGGAAAAACUAUGGGAAGAUAAUUUGGUCUGUUGGAAUUAUGGAGAAGGUUAUUUUACGUUGGCGUCGAAAAGGUAGUGGUUUACGUGGAUUUAAAUCGGAGGCCAUAUCAGAGGGAACUAUGGUACAAGAUGUAUCUUCCAAGGAGGAUGACUAUGAUUUCUUAAAAGAAGGAAGGAAGCAAACUGAGAAAAGGUUGCAAAAAGCCCUUGCUAGGGUGAAGUCAAUGGUUCAGUAUCCAGAGGCAAGAGACCAAUACCAUAGGCUCUUGAAUGUUGUGACUGAGAUCCAAGAAAAUCAGGUAAAGCAUGAUACGGGUUUUGACAAUCUAGAAGAAACAAGAGAAUUCGAUAACCUCACUGAUCUUGAAGCAUUAUUGGACGAAGAUACUUUCAUGCCUUCAGCCACUUAGAAGUUAGAUUCCAUCUGUUCCGUUAACCGAACGGCUUAAGCAUUUUACAGUGUAGUCAGGCGAAGAGUUGUCGCAUAUUGAUGGUU